AUGGGCUCGCAGGCAGAGAAAUCCAAUGUGGAAUGCGCGACUCGACCCGUAUGGUUCUUCGACAUAGACAACUGUCUCUACCCGAGAUCAACGAAGGUGCACGACCACAUGGCGGCCCUGAUAGAUGAAUACUUCGCAAAGCAUCUUGGCGUCACAGAGGAAGAGGCCAUUAGACUGCACAAAGAGUACUACCAGAACUACGGUCUGGCAAUAGAGGGGCUAGUCCGGCAUCACCAAAUUGACCCGCUCGAAUACAAUGCUAAGGUUGACGAUGCUCUGCCCCUUGAAGGCAUCAUCAAACCCAACCCCCAAUUGCGCAAAUUCCUGGAGGACAUCGACACAAUCAAAGUCAAGCCAUGGCUGCUAACAAACGCGUACGUUACGCAUGGUAAGAGGGUGGUGAGACUCUUAGGUAUUGACGACCUCUUCGAAGGUCUGACCUACUGUGACUACUCAUGUGUCCCCAUCGUGUGUAAGCCUCACAAGGACAUGUAUGCUAAAGCGAUGAAAGAGGCCGAAGUUGCGCGGGUUGAGGACUGCUAUUUCGUCGACGACUCGUACGCAAACUGCGUGAGUGCCCAGGAAAUAGGCUGGACAGCAGCGCAUCUGGUCGAAGAAGGAUUGAAUGUCCCGAAGACGCAAGCUUCCCAAUACCAAAUCCGACACUUGGAGGAAUUGCGGAAUAUCUUUCCACAGUUCUUCAAGUCAUCCGACUCAGCUUGA